UCAGAAUCCAAAAUUCUCAGAUGUCUCUGUUUCCUCAAACCAAAUCUAAAUCCACCAUGUCCAGUUCAAGUUCAACCCCUAAAGAUAAUCAUCCCACCAAACUAGAUCACUCGAUAAGUAAGCUCAAAUCAACGUUGGACGAGCCCAACAAUGUCGAGCUCUCUCAAAUAUCUCAAUCAAAUGAAGCAGUCAAACUCGACAUAUCCGAGCCAAACCCUCGUUUUCCCAACAUUUCCGGUCCAAUCCUCACUAAAAUCAUGUUGGAGAAAGAUCUCGAAAAGAUCAAAGAGUACGGCAGUGUUAAAGGGGUUGUUUCGGCUCUUAGAACAGACCCCGAGAAAGGGAUAUUUCUCGAGGUUGAGGAAAUGUCAAGUCGGCGCGAAGCUUUUGGUACGAACACUUAUCCACUUAAACCAUUAAAGAGUUUCUUUUACUUUGUAUGGGAGGCCUUGAAAGAUAUCACAAUUUUGAUUCUUCUUGCUUGUGCAAUCCUUUCGCUUGGUUUUGGUAUAAAAGAGAAUGGUCUCAAAGAAGGAUGGUACGAUGGAGGAAGUGUGUUUGUGGCCGUGUUUCUUGUUACGGUUGUUUCCUCCGUCAGCAAUUAUAGACAGAGUAGGCAAUUCGAUAAGUUGUCUAGGGUUAGCCGUAAUAUCAUGGUUGAUGUUGUUAGAGACGGUAGGGCUCAAAAGGUUUCGAUCUUUGACAUUGUUGUUGGAGACAUCGUUUGUUUAAGGAUAGGAGAUCAAGUCCCGGCCGAUGGGCUAUUGGUAGAGGGUCACUCGCUUUGUUUAGACGAGUCUAGUCGAACAGGGGAGAGCGAACACGUCGAGAUAAACGAGGAGACGAAUCCGUUUCUAUUUUCGGGCACGAAAGUGGCCGACGGGUAUGGAAAAAUGAUGGUUGCCUCGGUUGGGAUGAACACGACUUGGGGAGAGAUGAUGAGCUUGAUGAAUCGCGAUUCUUUAUCGGAGGAGGAAACUCCUUUACAAGCUCGACUCAAUCGGUUGACACCUCUUAUAGGUAAAGUCGGCUUGGCGAUUGCAUUCCUUGUAUUGGUUAUUCUACUUUCUCGAUACUUUUCGGGGAGCACGAAGGAUGUGAAUGGGAAUGCUCGGUUCGAUAUGGAUAGGAAAAGAGUAGACGAUAUAGUGAACGCGAUUGUGGGGAUCGUGGCGAACGCGGUGACCAUUUUAGUCAUUGCGAUUCCGGAAGGUUUUCCUUUGGCGGUUACGCUUACGCUCGCGUACACGAUGAGAAAGAUGAUGCGCGAUAAUGCGAUGGUUCGGAAGCUCUCGGCUUGCGAGACAAUGGGCUCGGUCGACACCAUUUGCACCGAUAAAACCGGAACUUUGACAUUGAAUCAAAUGAAAGUAAUUGAAUUUUGGCUAGGACACGACUUGGUCAAAGAGGAAAAUUACAUGUCAAUGGCUACUAACGUCCUCGAGUUGUUAUACGAAGCGAUUGGUCUUAACACGACGGCUACGGUCUACAAGUCAUCCAAUUUGGAAUCUCAAUAUGAGUUCACCGGCAGCCCGACCGAGAAGGCCAUACUUUCAUGGGCCGUAUUGGAGCUAAACUUCGACAUGGAAGAAACACAACGGAAUAGCACGGUUCUUCAUGUUGAAGCGUUCAAUUCUACAAAGAAAAGAAGCGGGGUUUUGAUGAGAAGAACGAAAGACAUCGAAACUAUGUCCCUACAUUGGAAAGGCGCUUCGGAAAUGAUCCUAGACAUGUGCUCACAUUACUACGAUCUUUCGGGAAACAUUCAAACUCUAGAUGACUCCGAAAGGAAGAGAUACGAGGGGAUUAUCAAAAGAAUGUCGACUAGCAGCCUUAGAUGUAUAGGAUUCGCACAUAAGAAAGUUCGUUUUGAAGAUCAUAGAAACGCCAUGGUGGAGAAAGACUUGAUACUUCUAGGGUUCAUUGGUAUUAAGGAUCCAUGUCGGCCUGGUGCUAAGAAAGCGGUUGAAGAUUGCCAAAUGGCAGGUGUGAACGUAAAAAUGAUAACGGGCGACAACCUUUUCACCGCGAUAGCCAUAGCCAUCGAAUGUGGGAUACUUCGUCCCGACCAACACGACUUGGAUACUCAAGUAGUGGAAGGUGUCACAUUCCGGAGUUAUACUCCGGAAGAGCGAAUGAAGAAAGUUGAAAAUAUCCUCGUAAUGGCACGAUCAUCACCUUUCGACAAACUCGAAAUGGUCCAAUGCUUGAAGAAAAAAGGUCAUAUCGUCGCGGUAACCGGCGACGGCACGAACGAUGCCUUGGCCUUAAAGGAAGCCAACAUAGGGCUUUCCAUGGGAAUCCAAGGAACCGAGGUAGCUAAAGAGAGCUCGGAUAUCGUAAUCUUGGACGAUAACUUCAACACGAUUGUCACGGUAUUGAAGUGGGGAAGGUGUGUUUCUAAUAACAUUCAGAAGUUCAUACAAUUUCAAAUGACCAUAAACGUCGCAGCCAUAUCGAUCCAAUUCGUUGGGGCAGUUUCUACAGGCGAAGUCCCACUUACCAUAGUACAACUACUAUGGGUGAACUUGAUCAUGGACACAAUGGCAGCAUUGGCUCUAGCAACGGAGAAGCCAACCGACGAUCUACUAAUGAAGAAACCAACCGACAAAACCGAACCGAUCAUUACCAACAUAAUGUGGAGGAAUCUUUUAUCGCAAGCAAUCUAUCAGAUGUCAAUCUUGCUAAUCAUGCAGUUCAAGGGAGAAACAAUGCUUGGGGUGAGCAAGAAGGUGAACAACACGAUGAUCUUCAAUGUGUUUGUACUAUGUCAAGUUUUUAACGAAUUCAACGCGCGAAAACUCGAGAAGAAGAAUGUGUUCGAGGGAGUGGUUAAGAACAAACCGUUCUUGGCGAUUAUUGGGAUAACAAUUGUUCUUCAAGUAGUGAUGGUAGAGUUGUUGAACAAGUUUGCUGAUACUAUCAGGCUGAGUUUAUGGCAAUGGGGAAUUAGUGUUGCCAUUGCGGCUCUUUCUUUGCCACUUGCUUUGAUGGUUAAGUGCAUCCCUGUGCCUCAAAAACCAAUUUUCAGCUCUAAGUAAGAGAGGACCAAACUCAACUUAAUGAUCCAACAAUAAAUAAUGUUUAUUUGUUAA